AUGACAUUUUUGAAUAAAAGCUUACUGAGAGUCAAACGACCAGAACCUGAUUUCACUGCCGUCACUCAAGACCUACCAUCUGAUCCAGUCCAUCCAGGAGACUCAGUGACUCUGCAGUGUUCAGUCCUCUCUGACUCAUAUAACAAAUCAUGUCCAGGAGAUCACAGUGUGUUUUGGUUCAAAGCUGGAUCUCAUGAAUCUCAUCCGAAUGUCUUUUAUGCUCAUGGAAACAGUGUUGAGUGUGAGAAGAGUCCUGAAGCUGGAUCUCCACAGAUAUGUGUCUACAGCUUCUCUAAGAAUGUCAGCUCCUCUGAUGCCGGGACUUAUUACUGCGCUGUGGCCACAUGUGGAGAGAUAUUAUUUGGAAAUGGAACAAAACUGGACAUUCAAGGACCAGAACCUGAUAUCAGUGCCGUCACUCAAGACCUACCAUCUGAUCCAGUCCGUCCAGGAGACUCACUGACUCUGCAGUGUUCAGUCCUCUCUGACUCAGAACAAAACAUGUCCAGAAGAUCACAUGUUGAGUGUGAGAAGAGUCCUGAAGCUGGAUCUCCACAGACAUGUGUCUACAGCUUCUCCAAGAACAAUGUCAGCUCCUCUGAUGCCGGGACUUAUUACUGCGCUGUGGCCACAUGUGGAGAGAUAUUAUUUGGAAAUGGAACAAAACUGGACAUUCAAGGAGAGCCAUAUGGUGUCAUGACCAAAAACCGCCAACCCUUCGACAUUGUUGUCUGUACACUGAGAAACCAAGGGGCCAGGCGCCCCCACUGUCAGUACAACGGUCAAGCUUGA